GUAACUGCACCAACUCGUCCCAUUUCCCCUGAAAAUGUAAUCGGACAGCAAAUUCUGGCACUGUUACAAUGUACCGCGGUGAACAACGCGCCCCGGCUGCAGAAAUGAGGUAUCUUGCCUUAGGGCUCGUGUGUGUCCUUUUCUCGCUGUUUUGGGUACCUGCAUGUGGAGAAAAUGUUGGCUCAGUGAACCCUUGCUGUUAUCUUCCUUGCCAGAACCAGGGUGUGUGUGUGAGGUACGCUGAGGAUGAGUAUGAAUGUGACUGCGUCCGCACCGGUUUUUAUGGAGAAAACUGCACAGUUCCUGAAUUUUGGACCAGAGUGCGUCUGUUACUCCGGCCAAGCCCUGGAGUGGUGCAUUUUAUCCUCACACACUUCAGCUGGAUCUGGGACAUUGUCAAUAGUACUUCCAUGAGAGAGUUUCUAAUGCGUCUCGUCUUAACAGUCAGAUCCAACUUUAUACCCAGCCCGCCAACAUACAACUCCAAAUACAGCUACCUUUCCUGGGAGUCCUAUUACAAUGUUAGCUACUACACUCGUCUUUUGCCUCCUGUUCCAGAGGAUUGCCCUACCCCUCUUGGGGUCAGAGGUGCAGCUGGGCUGCCUGACCCUGAGCUGUUGGUUGAGAGAUUAUUUAAGAGGAAGACAUUCAGAAAAGACCCACAAAGAUGUAACUUGAUGUUUGCAUUUUUUGCUCAACACUUUACACACCAGUUCUUCAAGACGUAUAAUCGCAUGGGUCCAGGCUUUACAAAGGCUUUAGGACAUGGCGUAGAUGCUGGACACAUUUAUGGCGACAGUUUGGAACGUCAGUUGCAGCUGAGGCUUCUCAAGGAUGGUAAACUCAAAUAUCAGCUUAUAAAUGGAGAAAUGUACCCCCCUACUGUUGUGGAAGCUCCUGUCAAGAUGAACUACCCUCCAAACACCCCUCUGGACCAGCAGCUGGCCUUUGGACAUGAAUUGUUUGGACUACUUCCUGGUUUGGGGAUGUAUGGCGCAAUUUGGCUGAGGGAACACAACAGAGUCUGUGACAUUUUGAAGCCUCUGCAUCCACAUUGGGAUGAUGAGCAGCUUUUUCAAACUGCACGAUUUAUUAUUAUUGGUGAAACUAUUCGAAUAGUCAUAGAAGAAUACGUACAACAGCUCAGCGGAUACCAUAUGAAGUUGAAGUUUGAUCCGACCAUGCUGCACAACACGGAUUUCCAAUAUGGCAACCGUAUUGCUCUGGAGUUUGACCACUUGUACCACUGGCACCCUUUGAUGCCUGAUGCAAUCAAUAUUGAUGGAGAUACAUUGGACUAUCAACACUUUAUCUUUAAUACCAGCAUACUCUCUCACUAUGGCUUGGAGAAGUUAGUGGAGUCUUUUUCUCUACAACCCGCUGGUCAGAUUGGUGGUGGUUAUAACUUGCAUGCUAUAGUGGUCCAUGUGGCUGUGCAGACCAUCGAAGCUUCCAGACUUCUUCGCGUACAGCCCUUCAAUGAGUAUAGGAAAAGAUUUAACCUGAAGCCAUAUACAUCCUUUAGAGAGUUUAAUGAUGAUGAAGAAAUUGCCCGUCAACUUGAAGAAUUUUAUCAUGGUGACAUAAAUGCUCUUGAAUUUUAUCCUGGUCUCUUGUUGGAGAAAACGCGUCCAGGAGCAGUAUUUGGAGAGAGCAUGGUGGAGAUGGGGGCUCCCUUUUCUCUGAAAGGACUAUUGGGGAACCCUAUAUGUUCUCCUUUGUACUGGAAACCAAGCACAUUUGGAGGCAAAGUUGGAUUUGACAUAGUGAAUUCUGCAACAUUGAAAAAGUUAGUCUGUUUAAACACUAAAACAUGCCCCUAUGUGGCAUUCAGAGUGCCGACCCAAGCCGAAUUAGACAAAGAAAACAGACAGAGAAAAAAUGAGCUAUCUGCUGUCAUGACAACCCUGGAUGAUAAGAUUUUGGGAGAGAAGCUGCAGUAUUAUUACAGCAGCAGUGAAGAUGAGGGAAGUGACAACGAGGAAGAAGAUGGGGAUGGAAAGACUAUUCGUGAUGCUAAUGUGGCUGAGCCUGAGAUAGACUACAGUGCGGAUGGAACAUCUGUAAACACAGGACCAAAAGGUGUGAUCAAUGACUGGAGGAAGUACAAGCAGCUUGAGGUUGAGCAGAAGCAAGAACAGAAAAAAGAAAUGGAGAGACUGAUCAAAAAACUGUCUAUGACUUGCCGCUCAGACCUAGAUCAAGAAAAAGACAAAGAGAAACAAAAGGCAAUGCAAGACAAGAUUAAAGGCAAGAUGACUAUGCAAGAGUAUAACAUGCUUCAGGAAGAGCAGGAUGAUGAAGACUUCCUUCAGCGAUACCGCAUGCAGCGGAUUGAAGAGAUGCGUCGACAGUUUUGUCGAGGGAAGCGCUUUGCACAAGUCUAUGAGCUCAGUAAUGGAGAGGAAUUCCUUGAGGCUUUGGACAAAGAGGAUAAAAGCACUCUUGUUAUGAUCCACAUUUAUGAAGCAGAUGUCCCAGGGUGCGAGGCCAUGAGCGGUAGCCUCAUCUGUCUGGCUCAGGAAUACCCACUGGUCAAGUUCUGCAGCGUUCGCAGCUCAGCCAUCAGCACCAGUGCAAUGUUCAGAGACAGUGCUCUCCCUGCUCUGCUUGUUUACAAAGCAGGGGACCUUAUUGGCAACUUUGUGCGCCUCACGGACCAGCUUGGGGAAGACUUCUUUGCCGUGGACCUAGAAGCCCUAUUGCAGGAGUAUGGCUUACUACCAGAAAAGCCACCCACUGUCUCAACAAUUCGCAAUGGAGCUAUUGUACAGACCGUUCAGAGUGAUGAUGACUCUGACCUUGAUAUAGACUAGAUGGUGAAAUGAGGAAGGACCAAUACAUCCUCUGUACAUACGCUGUCUGCAUGGUGUGUUGAUUUGUUCAGCCUGUAGUGUAAAUACAAUGAC